AUGGAGAAACAGCUUGACGUGUUGCUUAACGAACUAUACAAAGUCAUUGCAGGGAUACGCGAAUGCAAGAGGUUCAACAAACUCGAACCAUCAGGAAAUGGAACCAAAGUCCUACUACAACUCAAUAAUGUCGUCCAAUACAUCCAACAAUUUCACCAUGAAUCCUCAAUGUUCAACUACCGGCAGGUUGAUGCGCUCAUUGAUAUGCUACAAUCGGCCGAAUGGUUGGCAGCCGGUCUAUGGCCAACAACGCUAACGGCGCUUACAAAUAUACUGAAACAACCAGCGUCAUGUACAAUCAUAGACAAGUCAUUUUCCGCCCUGCUGGCCGUUGACGUAAUCGCCUUUGAGCAUAAACUAGAAGGCAUAGCCAGCGAAUACAUGCACUCCCUAACACAAAUCCUGGCAGGAGAUUGCUCAAAUAAUGUCAAUCCCAAUACGAUCUGCCAGGCAUACCUUAAAAUGUUUCACCUAUCGCUACAAAAUAAACACGCCACAAUAAGACUUCAUGCACUUAAUACAUUCACACACCUAAUCACAAGGCAUCACCUGCAAAACUUCCAAUUGCCACUCCUACUUAGCGCAAUAAUCAGCCUGGACUGGCUGGCCCGCAUUAGGAACGAACCAAAUAAUGAGCGACUUCAUAUAACCAGCAUCAAAACCUUGGAAGCACUACAGAUAUAUAAAUUCGACUAUCACGCUGUUGUUAAAUUAUAUGCAACAAACGUCACGUCUUUAGCCGCGCUAAGCAGGGGUAUCAUGCCAACUGCAUUCUCCAACUCGUUCCUAGACCGCCUCUCAGCGCUAGUCGUAGCGGCCCUCAACUCUGUCAAUGAAUUCCUCGAGCUACGCAUUCACACCCUGGGAAACAGCGCAAAAAUAUGCAAACAAUCACUAAAAUUUGUCCUGAUAAAUCACCUCUCCUUCGCCCUUUUCGUUUCCUUUCUUUGGGAAAAUGAAGGAGUGCUAGAGGCCGCCAUCAGAUGUAUGUUUAAUCUACAUAAAAUCUUCGGGAUGGAAAUCUCCAAACAGUUAGAAUUCCUCAUAUCACAACUCUUUUCUAACGCACUUAACGCAAACAAAGAUUACAAUGCAUACCUAUUGCGCCGAAUAUUCCUUGCCAUAUCUGUACGUGAUAUACACCACUAUAUGGACGCCUGCCCGCACAGACACAACACCUACCAGGCCCUAGUAAAAUUGCUGUUAUCUAACUGCAUACCUAACUUUAGGGGAGACGCUAGGGCACUUGGUCUGAGUAAACGAAAAAACGUCUUCUCCCAGGCGCGCGCUAGGGCGCGGGAACGAAGCGCUAGAUCCGACGAUGCGGGGUCCAUGGCUGAGGGGAUCUCCUCGGACGUCUUCUCUCAUACGUUGUCGGCCCUAUCUGCGUUAUUAGCUGCUAUUUCGUUUCCUCGAUCUAGUGGGGGGUGUCUGGCGGGCGUGGAAAUGGGGACAGAAAUGACUGAAACUGAAACGGCGGAUAAUGUCACAUUGGAACAACUAGUGGAAAAAUUCAACAGUGAUGGAGAGUGGCUCAGUCAUUUCGAUGGAGAUGAAACAAAAGUCGCGCAUUUCCUAAUGUGCCCCUUUUUGGACCUAAAAAAGGCUGGCGAAUUCCUUGGGAGCCAUGUGGAACCAGUAUUCAUGGACAAAGUGAGAAGGGAAUUCGUAGCCCAAUUCAACUUCACUGCAAUGCCCAUCAUCACGGCCCUUAGAAAAUUUCUGGCCACAUUUCGCCUGCCAGGCGAGUCACAACAAAUCGAACGUAUUAUUGACACGUUCGCAGAAACAUAUUUCGCGCAUCAGCUUGAAUGGUCGGCCCCGGAAGCGGCACUCUGCGACGCUGAAAACGCAACUCCACGUAGCGAAGGCUGUCUCAUGCACUACCGAUGGGUAGUGCAUGAGGAAGUCUACUACGAAACCUUCAGGGACGAGUCCUUCCUCUCUGCCCUGCGGGCCUACUACAGCCCCCCGCCCUCCGCCCAGUGCAUAGACUCUAACCGAGUGGAGCUGGCACCUGAUAGAACAAUGUCCACGUGUGCAGAUGUUCUCGGCCCCUACGUCUGGAGAAAGUCCUUCGAGUCGGGAUUAGGCGCGUGGUUUGCCAACGCAGAUGCCGUAUUCGUGCUCUGUUAUUCAAUCAUAAUGCUCAACACUGACCUGCACAACUCCCAUAUCCGGAACAAGAUGAAGCUAGAAGAAUUUAUACGCAACAAUAAGGGCAUCAAUGCAGGGGACGAUCUUCCGGAUGCGUUCUUGUGCGACAUUUAUAAAAGCAUAUCCCGCUCGCAAAUUCAGCUGUACAGAGAUCAUGCCGGGUCGAUACAGCCCACUAUGGACUCUUUCAAUACUAAUUACUCCGCCAGAAAAGUCGAUAUGCUUCAGCUCCCACUCCUUCAGUACCGUCAGUUCUGGAGCAAGGUUGAUGAUGGUGAAAUUUUGAUCGGCAUUGAGGCCGAAUCUGGGCGAGAGGAUCGGGCCGAGGAGGUAUUAGAUUCAGGCGCCAUAGGUUCAUCGGCGCCUUGCCUUGGAAUUCUGGUUAGCGCAGGCGUACUGGAGUUUUUGGAUUCCGCAGUAUACCUUUCUGAAUCUGCAGAAUUCCUCCAGGAGACAUUGACCACGUUGUGGAAACUGUCUGUAAUAGCAGCUAAAUUUGAUGCGGUUGACCUGGUCAACGAAAUAUUCACCCUGCCUUCUCUAACCUUCACUGAUCAGCUAUCUCAUAGGUGUCAAAUUAUUGUCGCCUUUUCAAUGCAUUUUGUGGCCGCAUUUGGCAAAUUGUUCGAUGCCAAAUCUUGGGAAGUCGCGUACUCUGCUCAACUUUCGCUUCUUUCUUUAAAUCUGCUCCAAAAUUCAACGUUUGGAAUGCCGAGCCCUUGCAGUUCCCCCGGGGGCGCCCUUGUGCCGCCAAAAGUGAAGUUCCAUCGUGCAGAUCUCAGGCGCCAGGGUUUUAAGUGGAUCAGCGAUAUUGCAGGGUACAUCUUCUCCAACAAGCACACAGCCGCAGAACCUGUGGCUCCGGCGGCAGAUGUUUAUUCUGCGCCACGAUUCGGCAGGGAGGCGCUGGGGAAGGCCAGUAUGCACUUUUUGUUUUCUCCGCAAAACAGGAAUGAUCUGAUCUCGAACCCAUUGUUUGACCCUUUGUUGGCUGCAGCAGAAGUUGAGUUGAUCAGGUCUACAGAGGACGAGCUCUGUCUUAGGCAACUGCUUGACAUGUUCUACCAGUAUGGUUCGGGUCUUCCCUCUGCAAGCAAGGCCUCCAGGACCGUGGACUGUUCCCAGCGCCCUCCCAUCGCAGCCAUGCUCAACCUGUCUACGCUUCCCGACGCUUCUCUCCCGCAAUUGCUCGACUAUUUUAAAUUCCGUCUAGCUCUUAUUAACCACUACAAAGUGCACCUUUUGGUACCGGCGGUCCUAUGUUCCCACGACUGCAAGCUGCCGCAGUUUGACUCUGGCCUAGGGGAGAUCGAGAGGUGGCUCUUUAACCAGUGGCCCAGGAGUGCCCAGGGCGCAUUGGGGAGUGGCAUGGACACGAUGGGCAAUGGAAAGGGCGGUCGCAGGUUGGAGAGGGAGGAGGAUGAUUCUGAUAGGUGCAAAAGGGGCGUCAUACUGGCGCCUAACGAGAAGGAGCUGUCCCGUUUCAGGAUUAGGGCAUCUCCCUUAGUUGCUUUGGCCACGCUGGGCCUAUUGGUGGAAGCUAUCGCAGAGGCCGGGGAGGCUGAGACGGCACCUCCUGCGGCAAAGGAACUGGUGGCUGUAAAACUGGACAGGGCAUUGGCCCUGUUUGCCCGUGUGGUGUACAGCAUAUUUGACUCGGAGUUACUGGAUGUCACAAACGUUUCUGUUGCAAAUAGUGGCACUGAAGAGGAAAAGCCGUCUGCAAUCGGCGAUGUGGGUUCUGCCGCGUCACUGGAUUGCACGGCGCUAAAUUGGCUUGCGGGCGACGACCUUGACAGCAUCAAGGCCUGUGCGGUUGCCAUCGUACUGGGCUUCGUCUCUAGGUCUAUUGGCGGCGUGGGCUCUGGGCUCAGGCGUUUAUGCGGAGAAAUGCUAUUUCUUAUAAGUAGGCUGCCCUGCAAGUACCUGUCCCUGCACUGGAUGAAGGCUCCGCUACACGCUGCAAUCGCAGCCGCCGCAGGCGGCGUCUCCUCAAAUUCGGGGGGGUUUUUGCCGGCUUUGUUGUUGAUUCAGCGCAUAUGUGGAAUGGGUGAUUUGACGAUUGUUCACCAUCACGACCGGCGUUCUUGCGUGACCGAAGAGCAUUCUGUUUGGCGUAUUUUUAAUCGCUUAAUCGCAAAUAGUGGGUUUUCUCGCGGGGAGCACCGGGAUCAUUUGGCUGAUGUUGUGCAGACGAUCAUUGUAAUAGCUGUAUUUUAUCAAAAGUGUCCCCCGCUUGAGGAGGAGUAUGGGGAUCAGGUCGAGGCGGUGAAGCUUUUGGUUGGCCUGGCGGAGGGGGGGGCGUUUGGCGGUGAGAGGGGCAUUGUGAUGCGAUCCCUAGCCCUCAUCUCCGCGUUUGCUCCAAAGGCCGUGAGGGCUGGAGCUAUGGUUAAUCUGCAGCAUCGCCUUUGCCACCCAGGCCAUGAUCUAUCGCUUAAUGAUUUUUUUAGUCUGUUGGAUGGCGUCGUUAUCCCCCUGGUUACAUAUAGGUGGACCUACAGAUAUACAUAUACACUCGAUGUUGGUGGCGAGUGUGCCUCGUUGCCACUCUUUCAUGAGCAUCUUGCCGCCUCUCUAUCCACAGAAUCGGCCGCGAAAUUCCUUUCUGAUGAAGGUAUCGCUGCCCGAAUGGCAAGCUCAUUUUCCACCCUCUGUCAAACUUUCAUGGCAUCUCUCUCACUCUUGCUAGCAGCCCGUGAUAACCCCCCCAUGAGUGUUGGCCACUCGAUGGAGGAACUCACAAAAUGUGGGGAAAACUGCAUUGGGUACCUCCUGCUGGCAGUGCGCAUGGUCCUGAAGAGCCUGGCCGAACCGUCAGCACGGAUCCUUAACGGAAAGGGCGCCGAGACAUUUAUAGAGGCCAUCAAAAAUCUCAUUUUCGUCAUCCUCUAUACCGAUGAGAUCAAGUAUGCCCCUGAAACGUGCGCCAAGCAUGUCCACGGGUACCAUCUGCUGGACGCCUGCGCAGAGGCUGCCGGCGUGGCCGAUAAAGUGGCGGGCGCGGAGACUAGCGACCGCGCCGUGUUGGCCACGGUCGCCAACUCCAUUUCAGAUGCCCAGGGCCUCCAGGAUAUCUUUGUUGGCAUCAUCCAAACCAUAUAUGCUUGA